CGCCCCGGCCGUCCCCUUUUCCCGGCCGCUCCCCUGUGCAGCGCGGGCCGGGGUCACAGCCGCCUGCGGGAAGCUAGGAGCCGGGAGCCGGGAACCCAGUCGACCCAAAGCUGCCCUGACGAACAAACAGAUGCCAGUUGGCUCCCAGGUCUGAACUGGACUUAGUUCCAACCAAUAGACAACCCAGACCCGCGGUGUUAAUCUUUAGAAAUUCAGUCGUGUCGUCAGCUUAUAAAAACCUGCUAUUGUGUCAGGCAUCCUAUUUCCGAGGAUGCAAAGAUGAGCAGAAACUGUGCAGUCAUGUGUUAUUCAGCUCUGGAUACAGAAUGGCCUGCGAUUGCUUUGGGCGCCCAGAGAUGACGGAAACUCGCUUGAUCAACGCAGGCUGCAACCCCCGCCCUGCCGUGCCAGGCAGCCAUGACGACGGCCAUCCUGGAGCACCUGAGCACCCUGUCGGUCAGCGGGCAGCAGCUGCGCCGCCUGCCCAAGAUCCUGGAGAAUGGGCUUCCCAAGAUGCCUUGCACCGUCCCCGAGACAGAUGUGCCCCAGCUGUUCCGGGAGCCUUACAUCCACACCGGCUACCGCCCCACGGGCCACAGGUGGCGCUACUACUUCCUCAGCCUCUUCCAGAAGCACAACGAGGUGGUCAACGUCUGGACCCACUUGUUGGCGGCCCUGGCCGUCCUCUUGCGAUUCUGGGCCUUUGCCGAGGCCGAGGCCUUGCCCUGGGCCUCGGCCAGCACCCUGCCCCUGCUCAUCUACGUCCUGUCCUCCAUCACUUACCUCCUGUUCAGCGUGCUGGCCCACCUGCUGCAGUCCCAGUCGGAGCUCUCCCACUACACGUUCUACUUCGUGGACUACGUGGGGGUGAGCAUCUACCAGUACGGCAGCGCCCUGGUCCACUUCUUCUACACCUCCGACCAGGGCUGGUAUGAGCACUUCUGGCUCUUCUUCCUUCCAGCAGCUGCCUUCUGUGGCUGGUUGUCUUGCGCUGGCUGUUGUUACGCCAAGUAUCGUUAUCAGAAGCCUUACCCAAUCAUGAAGAAGAUAUGUCAGGUGGUGCCCUCUGGGCUGGCCUUCAUUCUGGACAUUAGCCCCGUGGCCCACCGAGUAGCCCUGUGCCACCUGGCUGGCUGCCAGGAGCAGGCCGCCUGGUACCACACCCUCCAGAUCCUCUUCUUCCUGGUCAGCGCCUACUUCUUCUCUUGCCCGGUUCCUGAGAAGUACUUCCCCGGGUCCUGUGACAUUGUGGGCCACGGGCAUCAGCUCUUCCACGUAUUUCUGUCCAUUUGCACGCUGUCCCAGCUGGAGGCCAUCCUCCUGGACUACCAGGGGCGGCAGGAGAUCUUCCUGCAGCGCCACAGUCCCCUGUCUGUCUACGUGGCCUGUCUGUCCUUCUUCUUGUUGACCGCCUGCAGCACCACCACUGCAGCCCUCCUGAGGCGCAAAGUCAAGGCCAGACUGAUGAAGAAAGAGUCCUGAGGCUGGCAGGGUGGGCAAGCUGUGGAGGCACCCCAUUGCGAUUUGGGGGAAAGGUGAUACAAACACAGGAGCUGACCUUUUGUUUUUAAGAGUUUUCAUGUGUAUUAAUGGCUUUUACAUUAAUACAUAUAUAUCCAAGGAUAUGCUAUGGCCAUGGCUUUGGGGAGCCAAAGGAUUCAAGAGUUAUGUUGUUAAUAAAAGGAGUGUUCCUUUUCCAUCUGGGUCAUAGCCUUUCAAGACACAGGAAAGGAAGGGACCUUGUCUAAGAUCGUGGGGCACUGAAUUAAGGACCAUAUUCAUGCCUGAAAAUUCAGUAAAAUUCUGACUAAGGCCUCCAGGGGCAAGUCCUGGAGCUGGAGGGGUGAUAAACCUGGACUGGAAAACAAGGAGGUGGCUGGUCCACACCAUAUUGGACUGGCCAUCCUACUAUUGCUGGUCUUUGGUAAUUGAAUAAACUGACCCCAGGACCCAUUUCCUUUGGGUUUCAGAUUGUCCAAGGUGGAGAAUUCAGACUCUUCAAGAUUCAGUGAAACCUUCAGACAAUGAAUUAUCCAGUUCAUCUGAUUUCUGAUCUCUCCUCUCUCACCCACUCUAACUCUGACCCUUUUCUCAGGAUGACAUCUCUCUGGCUAUUUCCUCUAAAGUGCUGUUCACUCCCUUCAGACCUUGGUAACAUACAGGACUGUGAAGUAGUUGCGUGGAUCCAUGUGGCUAUGCAGGAAGCUUAUUCUCAUAUAAUACUAAUGCAGACGGUACUAGAAAGUACAGUGCCAAGAGCCACCAGGAGGCCCAGCCAAUAAGCUUGGAUACUGUUUGGUAUCCUAGGGCCCACUGUUGUAUACCCGUGGACUGGAGGAUUCCUUGAGGUCUGAAGAUUUGGGAGUCUUCUACAGAUUUUGGCCAGCGUGUUCAAAAAGCCCCUGGUAGAAUUAAUUGGUUCUAAGGAUCCCUCUAGGGAUCUAAUUAUUUCAAGAGGAACCCAAGGUCCAGCCUUUUAAGUACAUGCCGCACCACAAAGGACCCACAUAACUAGCCCAGUUCAGGGUCCUCAGACAGGCACUUAGCCUCCACUGAGAGCUGAACCCUAAAAACAGUCAAGCCCCAGGACAGGAAGUGUGUGUGCGCUCUGUGGUUGGUCCCCGGAGGCUCCGUGGAGUAUGAAUGGUGAGUGGGGCACCCUGUAGCUAGAAUGUCCCAUUUCGGACAUCACUGCCCAGCAGCUUCUACGGGGUAAGUGGUACUUGCCAUUGGUGUGUUCUGGCCCUGCAGCCUCCAGAGGACACACCUCGCUCUGGUCCAGUGAAAGAGGCUGCGUUGACAGAGGAGCCGCGGGAGGCUGUGUUUCCUCUCAGUAUAAGGUUCCCAUUUACCGAAAAGGGAAGUGGUUUGUUUUCACUCCACUUUGACAAACAUCUUCCAUUACUAGAUUAUCUUGUUGUCUUCAAAUCUUUGUUUUCUUUCUUUCGCUGAGACAUGUGUGGGUUUGUGCCUUAUAAAUGGAAAUGUAUGAACACUCCUGAAUAUAUGGCCAUGUGAAAUUUGCGGUUUGGGGUUACUGGGAUUAGAAAGAAAGAAUUUGUUGCUUUUCAACCAGUGGAUGAAGGAUUGUUUAUCAAUCAAAAGACUCUUUCAAUCUGCUUAUUUUUGGCAAAAGAAGAAGAAGAAGGGGAGGACGAGAAAGAAAAAUAUUCAACUGAAGCUUUCCAAUAAUCUUUAUAUCAAGAAAAUGUAUGUUUUGUCAGCUUUGUAGUUUUCCUAGAUGGGUGCCUCUAUUAAUCCCCAAGUACAUGAACUUCUGUGCUACCCAAGUGUCUUACACAAGCUUCUGGUGUCUAGGCCAAAUCCACCACAAAUAAAGUUAGCGAACUGAAUCGGGUUGGACUAAGCAAGGGCAUGGGGGAGUUGUGCAAACACAUUACAAGUAGAGGGUCAGUUUAAAAUGGGGAAUAGAAAGUGCUUGAAUUGUUCAUUAGUAUGGAUUCAAAGACCAUGCUCUUUUAAAAGUUGGAAGGAAGAUGUAAGUCAAGCUCUUGAACGGAACUGGUGGUCAUGGUGGCCGAGAUCUUGAGGACAAAUGCAGGUCGUUUUUAAAAAAGAGAAAACAGUGAUUUUGAAAUGUAGACCAAUGCCAGCCUGCACACUGUAAAUGGUCUGUAACAAGAUAAGUACAAGAUAGACCAAACUUGUAGAUAUUGCCAUCAAAUUCUUAGUGUAAUUUACACAAGUGUUGGCCCCUCAAGUGAUCGAAUUUUUUUUUUUUACUUUUUCACCACAAAUAUUUGAGAAGCCUUGAGGUAGGGGGUAGUAACAUGUAAACACAGGAAAUGCAGAUGUUUGUUCAUUAAUACUCAGACUUUUAAGGGAUUAAAUACUCUUUUAAAACAUCUUCAUUAAAAUGAGUGAAUGGUAAGGAACAGGCCAAGUUUGUUUAAAAGGAAUAAUUAUUUGAUAAAGGAGAUGAUUGUCUUUCUCCACCAGACCCCCUCAAAUAAUUGGCAUCUACUGGAAAUUCUGCUCAUUACCUCUCUCUCUCUCUCUCUCUCUCUCUCUCUCUCUCUCUCUCUCUCUCUCUCGUUUUUUGUUUUGUUUUUUUUUAAGCAAGUACUUUCAACCUAUUAAAAUGUAAAUGCCUCUGAAAAAAACUAAGCUAUCAGUCCAUUUACAUACUAUGAAUAAAAACUCUGAUGGAUUUGUAUCGGACCCUAGCCAGAGUAGGAUGAGGGGAUGGUAGGACGUACUAGACUGGGGACACAUUUGCCCAUUUCUCUGCUGCCUAGUACUUCCUGACCUAUGUAUUUAAUUAACAAGCUGAUGUUGAUACUCUUCCGGUGCUAGGCUUUCAUUUCGCACCUCGGCUGAAAGUACCUCAUUCCGGAACAUUCUCAAUCCUCUACUGGAAGCUUGAAAAACAGCAGGAGCUCAGGCCACGCGUUGAAGGUCCAACUUUCCUGCUUAUGUUGCCCACCUUUUCACAAAUUGUACCUUAAGGUUUCACGAUUGCUGCGCUGUAGUUUCAAGUAGAUCCUCCAGAUGGCACUCACGUCUUACUCAGAGAAAGCCCAGCCAUUGCCCUCCAGGUCUCAGCCUGCAGAUAGAGUUGGACCCGGUGUUUUGCUUAAUUGCUUGGCAAGGAAACAUUGGAACUAUUUUCUGUUUAUUUAAAUCUACUUACAGAAAUGACCAUUAAACUGAUUUUGUAUAUGGA